AUGGAUGGGGCCGACCCCGACCACCCGCCAGAGCCGCUGCCGCCCACUACCGAGGUCUUCUUGAAUGUAUAUGAUGUGGUGCCCCCCGACGGCACCGGCGGCCCGGCGGCGCCCAUCACGCGCCUGAACAACCUGACGCGCAACCUGUUUGGGGGCGUUGGGGGCGUGUUUCACGGCGCCAUCGUCAUCGGGGAUGUUGAGGCCAGCAGCAGCGGAUGCAGCAGCAGCAGCAGCAGCAGCAGUAGCAGCAGCAGCAGCAGCAGAGGCAGCAGCAGCAGAGGCAGCAGCAGCAGAGGCUGCUGCAGCAGCAGCAGCAGCAGCAGCAGCAGCAGCAGCAGCAGCAGCAGGGGAACCGUGGAGGUGCUCGUGGAGUCAGGGUCUGGCGUAUACCACGUGAGGGCGCGGCAGAACCCUAUGUACACGUUCAGGGAGACCAUCAGCCUGGGGCACACCACACUGGACCAACCACAGGCGCGCAGGAUCAUGGCGAUCGUCCGCCGCAUGCGGGCCGAGUGGCCGGGGCUGUCGUAUGACCUGCUGUCUCGCAACUGCUGUCACUUCUGCGACGUGCUAGCAUCGGAGUUGUGCGUGAAGCCGGUGCCGGCCUGGCUCAACCGCUUCGCGGUCACGGGGGCGUCGGCGCUGCAGGCCACCAACGACGCGUCAAACGCGCGCACAGUCCAGGCAGUCCAGGCCGGCGCGCAGGGCGCCCGCACCGCCCACGCCGCGCGCGGCGACGCGGGCGCGCCCGCGUCUGCGGCGGCGCUGUUCCAGCACGCGGGGGGCGUAGUCAAGGCGGCGGCGCGCGGGUGGCAGACCGCUCUCAACGGGCCAGCCGCCACAGCCACAGUGCUCGCCGUGGCCGCUUCGAGCGACGGGGCAGUCGCGCCCACGCCCGUGGCGGCCGCCGCGACGGCGAGCGCUGGGGCCAGCGGCGGCAGCCAAAUCAGCGGCGCCGGUGGCGAGGGGGGCGCGCUGCCGACGACGGCGCUGCGGUGGGCGGGGAGCGUCAGCGGCGGCGCGACGGACGACGUCUUGUUCGUCGGCUCCAACGAGCCGCUGGGAAAGCCCCAGGGGCACUCAUCGGGCGCAGCCGGCGCCACGGGCGCGGCUGGCGGCGGCGGCACCGCGCGGCGGCCGCCGUCGGACGGGGGCGCGUUUGCUCUGGAGGCGGGCGACGAGGACCUGCAGUGGGGCGCACGCGCAGGGGCGGCCAAGUGA